CUACCGCUGAGGGCGCGCGUACUCAAAGAAGCGUUCGAGUCGCUUUUCGUAUACAGAGCCCACGUUUUUGCGAAACAAGUUUCCUAAUUCUGUCAUACCUGAGACUAUUUUCAAUCGAAUUCAGCAAUGAGUUUGGAUUUCAGUAGACAGGACGCCCAAACGGACAGUGGGCCUGGGUUUGUAGGCAUCCGUUUCUGUCAAGAAUGCAAUAACAUGCUCUAUCCGAAGGAAGACAAAGAAAAUAAAGUUCUGCUGUAUGCUUGCCGAAAUUGUGACUACCAACAAGAGGCAGACAACAACUGCGUUUACGUCAACAAAAUCACGCACGAAGUGGACGAGCUGACGCAGAUAGUCGCAGAGGUGGUGGCAGACCCCACUUUACCGAGGACGCAGGACCAUCCAUGCCCUCGCUGCAAACACAAGGAAUCUGUUUUUUUCCAGUCACAAACAAACAGAGCAGAGGAGGGAAUGAGGCUGUACUAUGUGUGCACAUCGCCAAAUUGUGGACACAGAUGGACUGAAUGACUGCAAAGCGUUAUUUUUACUGACCUUUGGCUGUUUACAACCGACUUGAAAAACCUCCCUGCAAUGCUGCCAUUGGCAUAUUCGUUUUGCUUUGAACAGUGGCCAUCUAACCUCCGGUGGUUGUUUAUGGUUGGUGCGAAAAACUAAGUUGAGGAACUGGGUUGGAUUCUAGUUGUACUCAUGCUGUGAAGCCAAGCAAGUCGAAAAGGGUUUAAAGCCUGCCAAAGGUCGACUGGUUCACAUUGGUAAUACGGUCUGGUGGUAGCCAUUCAUAAUGUUGGCACUGUUAACCACUUGCUGCCGGGUGCUUUUAUAAAUGCAGUGCAGACAUACAGGAGAUUUUCAAGAUUUUCAGUUUU